AUGUCAGAGGAAGAAAGAGAGCUGUUAGAUCGCAUCAGCGCCCUUGCUGGGCAAAUCAAUCGCCACAAGAACCAGCAAGCUGGCUUUCAGCCGUCGCAAAGCUCGCGCAGCCUUCGUCAACAAACCCCUCGCUAUCGUGGCACUUCGUACCGCGGCCGAGGAUAUCGUAUAGGCCACCCGCCUGUCCAUCGGCACCGCACGUUGAAUCUGAAUGCGCAUGCAAGCUCAUCUGAAUCGUCACCUUCGACGCCUGUGAGCACUAGCGACAACGCGCAGUGGGUUUCCAGGACAGACCGCCACAAGCAGCUUAUCAACGCCAACAUCUAUCAACAACAAGCGCAAUCACGCGCUCAAGCGAUAGAGGAAACUCGCAAGCGCAAACUAACAAGGCAGCACAAUAGUGAAAGAGCGCGUUUCAACAACUUUAUACAGCAGAGCCAAGGGAGCUCUAUUCAAAAUCACGAGCAGCCGGAAAUCAUGAUCGAUAGCAUCCGGUUCCUCGUCAGAGAUGGGGGCAAGAAGCUCGUACGCGCAGCCGACAAUUCUAGCGAUGCCCCUUCGACCCCGAAAACUACAGCUGUUGCUGGCGUGCGAUUUCACCGCACAAAGACUGGCAAUCUUGUCGCCCACAGAGUCGUCAAGGACCACCGACGCCCCGGGGCCGUCAAGAAAGUUGACGAGCCAUGCAACAUAUUCUCCACGACCGGAUCAUGCUCGAAAGGGCCGUCAUGUCGAUAUCAGCACGACCCAAACAAGGUUGCCGUCUGCAAAGACUUUCUGAAAGAAGGUCGAUGUAUCAACGGUGAACACUGCGAUCUCUCUCACGAACUCACUAUGGAGCGGGUUCCAAACUGUUUACAUUUUGCCAAGGGAAAUUGCUCCAACCUCAACUGCCAGUAUUCGCAUUCUGCGGCUUUGCCAACUGCACCUGUCUGCGAAGACUUUGGUUAUCGUGGUUACUGCGGCAAAGGCGGCGAGUGCACCGAACGACACGUAUACGAAUGCCCCGCCUUUAGCAACACAGGCACAUUGCGACAAGAGCAAGACGCUACCAUGCAGGACGUUUCGAGCGAAGAAGAGCCUGACAACUCGGACGACGUUGAUUCGGACGAUGUUGCAGAGUUUCUCCAAGCCGAUGAGGAUGAUUCUGACUUUGAAAACGGCAAAGACUUUAUCCCAUUGUAG